GCCGCCGCCGGGCCCAGGGGCAGCGCGGAGCGGCGCGGAGAUGGUGCCGCUGGUGCGGGGCGCCGGGGGCUCCCACCAGUGGCUGGCGGCCGUGCUGCUCGGCCUCUGCUGCCUGCUGCCCGCCGGGCGACUCGCCGCGCCGGGAGGGGACUUCCCCGGGGCGGCCGCGGACAGCCUGGUGGUGCGGAAGGGGGACACGGCCGUGCUCAGGUGUUACUUGGAAGAUGGAGCUUCCAAAGGCGCGUGGCUGAACCGCUCGAGUAUUAUUUUUGCUGGCAGUGACAAGUGGUCGGUGGACCCUCGAGUUUCCAUCGCGACAGCGAACAGGAGGGAGUACAGCCUGCAGAUCCAGGACGUGGACGUGACAGAUGACGGUCCCUACACCUGUUCUGUGCAAACCCAGCACACUCCCAGAACAAUGCAGGUGCACCUCACUGUGCAAGUUUCUCCGAAGAUAUUUCGUAUUUCGAGUGACAUCGUUGUGAACGAAGGCAGCAAUGUUACUCUGGUGUGUCUGGCCACCGGGAAACCAGAGCCCUCCAUCUCUUGGAGACACAUCUCUCCAUCUGCAAAACCAUUUGAGAGCGGGCAGUACCUGGACAUCUAUGGAAUUACAAGAGACCAGGCUGGGGAGUAUGAAUGCAGUGCAGAAAACGACGUCUCAGUCCCAGACGUGAAAAAAGUAAAAGUAACAGUAAACUUUGCCCCCACAAUUCAGGAACUUAAAUCCAGCGGAGUGAUGCUCGGAGGGAACGGCCUCAUCCGGUGCGAAGGCGCGGGCGUUCCUGCCCCGGUCUUUGAGUGGUACAGAGGAGAGAGGAAACUGAUCAGUGGUCAACAAGGAAUAACUAUUAAAAAUUAUAGCACGAGAUCACUUCUUACUGUUACCAAUGUGACAGAAGAGCACUUUGGCAACUAUACCUGUGUUGCUGCCAACAAGCUUGGGAUGACCAAUGCCAGCCUGCCUCUCAACCAAAUAAUUGAGCCUACUACCUCUAGUCCUGUCUCAAGCCCAGCUCCCAGUACGGCCCAGUAUGGGAUCACCGGGGACGCCGAGGUCCUGUUCUCCUGCUGGUACCUUGUGUUGACACUGUCCUCCCUCACCAGCAUAUUCUACCUGAAGAACAUCAUUCUGCACUGAGUGUAAAGAACCCUAAAAGGCUUUUAAGGAUUCUCUGAAAGUGCUGAUGACUGGAUCUGAUCUGGUAGAGUUUGUUAAAAGCAGCGUGGGAUAUAAUCAGCAGUGCUUGCGUGGGGAUGAUCGCCUUCUGUAGAAUUGCUCAUUAUGUAAAUACUUUAAUUCUCCUCCUUUUUUGAUUAGCUGCAUUACCUUGUGAAGCAGUACACAUUGUCCUUUUUUAAGACGUGAAAGCUCUGAAGUUACUUUUAGAGGGUAUUAAUUGUGAUUUCAUGUUUGUAAUCUACAGGUUUUCAGAAGCAUUCAGUCAUGGUCUGCUGAACUGCAGGCCGUAGUUUACAGAAAAAAAAAAAAGGAGAAUAUUGCAGUAAAAUGGGCUUCUUUAAGGCUGCAAUACAACAUUUGGUUCCCUCCUCAAAUAGCACUCUCACAUGUACACAGGAACGUUUUUUUUUUUCUUUUUAUUAAAAAAAAUCAAAUAAUAUUGCCUUCAAAAUAUUUCUUCGGAAUAUUACACAUAUCUAGAUUUUCUUCCAGCAUGAUAUUCAGGUUUCAAGAAUGAGCCUUGUAUUAUAACUGCAUUGUGCAGUACUGCUUUUUGGUUUCUUCCUUUUUCCUGCAAAUUCAGCAUGGGUGUGCCUUCAUAAAACACUAUUUUCCUCUUCCUCUCCAACAAAUCUGGAAUGUGCUUUGGGAAAUGCUACAGCAUCCUUUUGAGCAUAACCAAUCUCUAAGUGAGGAUGAAGGUGCUAUUGGUCAGGGAGAAUGCCGCCUCUCCCAUCUCCAGUGGGUAAUGGAACUGCUUCAGACAUAUCUUUUUAGGCAAUCAGACAAGGAUAGCACCGAUCCCUUUUUAUUUCCCCCCUACUAAGCGGUGGACGAUCUGCAUUAAGAACGAGUUUCCCCAUUACAAAAUAGAACACAAAUUAUUUUGAGACAUCUCUUGAAUGUAAGAAGGUUUCCCGUAGUCGUUCUAAAUCAGAAUUCCCAAGUGGUUGUAAAUGUGAGCAGCUGAAUCAUCCCUUUUGUAUUACUGGCAGAAAUACGAUGCGAAUUGGUAUUUUUCUUGCACUUAAUUUUGUACUGGUUUGGCUAAUUUAGCAAUGAUAAAGGAUGCUUUUAAGUAUUAGAUAUCUGAAAAUACAUGAAGUAUCAAGCAGAAUUUUAUAUAUAUACAUAUAUAUAUAAAAAAUACAGAUAUAUAUUAAAACGAGGUUGCUCCAAUAACUGUACUGAAGUGCAUGCUGCCAUCAGUGAUGCAUCCACAGGCAGGACUUCAUUCCUGAUGUACACACAUUGUACAAAUAGCUUACCACAGCAGUUUAGUCAUCAUACACGAUCUCCUAGGACUGCAGUCUACCAAAAUAAGACUCUCAUUAAACUCAAUGAAGGAUCAAGUUUCAAAAGAGCAUCUAACAGCACUAUUUUUUCUAAGCAGCCCAUACUACAUCAGUGCAAAAUGUUGCUGCAGUUUACAGCUGAGUUUAAAAGUGCCAUCCUUGUAAGUUGCUGGGACAUGACUGUGUGCAGCAGCCUUAGAACACAUCAUCUCCUAUUGACCCCCAGUAGAUGCUGAUGUGGUUAAAGAAACAACAGCUGACGACAUGAAUAAUAAAGCCAUUACAGAAGUACUGCAUUCCCUCUCCUAACAGUAAGGCUUGUGGUUAGCAAUACCAGAUGAGUGUUGUGCCUACGCAGCAGUUCCAAAUACCCCCGUUUCUGAAAAGGCAAAUUCAGAGUUUGGUUGGACUCGCUGUGUACUGUCCCAUGCUAAAGCAGCACAGACACAACAUGCGGUGAGGCUGUUGCAGUUACUGAUGAGCCCGGGUGCACAAAGUGAGAUGUGUUGACUCCAAAAUACGGCAAUAAAAUGUCCUCGGUCUGCUUGUGUUCAGUGGCAGGUUGUGCUAUUUCUAUCACGUCGUUUGCAGCUGCAUGCUGAGCUGUGGCCAUUUUCAGAAGGGUGGCAUUUCUGUAAAGCCUUGAAUAAUGUGACCAAAUUCGUUCUUGAAGGAAACGGUUUAAAGCCAACUCAAAUUGUACGACACGCAGCCCUUAUAUUCUGCUCUCCCUUGUAUUGCAGCUUUAAAGUGCCAUAUUUUAUAAUCCGUCUGUUGGAAAUAGUGGUGCUGCAGAAAAUAUCACGUCAGGGCAGUCUUGUGAAGAAGGCACAGGGGUGUGUGUAACCCAGCUGCUCCUCGUAUGGAUGUGAGGUGUGGCUGUGCUGGGGCUGGGACCAAUUGGGCAUUUCCAUUAUGAUUUUAUUUCGGUGAUUCCUGGCAUCUGAAACGAUCCCAGCAACAGAAUGGAAUGAAAGGCAGCUUUAUUAAACAUGAAGAAGAGGAAGUAUUGGCUGUUGGCAGACAUAGAACCACUGGGUUAUGUGGGCAAGGCUUUCAGUCCCAUUAAUUCUCCCUUAAAUUUGUGGGUACGUUUUUGUUGUCAGUUCCAAAAAGGAAAAGAGCCCACGAACAUUUGUGGGUGCCAGUAGCAGUUUGUCAGACACAGGAGGUGUCUGAGCACUGAGCAGAGCCGUGUACUUGGAGUGCGUGGGCUCACAGCCCCAUGUGCCCCAGUGCCAGCAGAGCUGCCCCUCGGUGUGCAGCCAACGUGGGGCGCGGGUGCUUGGCUUCAUGCUCCUGCCUUGAAAGAUACGAUAUGUGGAGUCAAACAAGCUCAGGUUCUGGCAGGAUCAGAGCCCUAUGCAGCAUCGAUCUCGUAAAGAACCUGAGCUCUGUGGUUAAUCUGUUCUGUGUGGUAAACCUAAUAGUGCAGUUUGGGACUUGCUGGGAUGUCCUUCCAGCAUGGGCUGUGCAGGCUGCUGCAAGCUGAAGGCCACAGCACUGGGCAGAGCCCAUUCACUCUUUAGUUUGUGGGGUGUGUUUGCUUUAGGCAGCCGUCGGACCGUAUGUGCUGUGCUUCUUGGAAUGGUUGACCCGUUCUGUUCAUCUCUGUUGGUCAAAUCGUAUUCUAUUUAUUCCCACCUUUAAAAAGUGAAAAAUAAACGGCUUAGCUCCAAGCAGUAUAACCGAAUACGUAUAUUAAGAUCACUGUCCACAUUGGAAAACCCGAGGUGUCUAAUGCUGUAAGUUCCCACUCGUAUGGUAACUCAGGGCUGCUAAUUACCAUUGCAUCGGUGACGUGAGCAGCAGCACCAAUGCUCAAGCAGUAGCAUUGCUGAUCAGGAUAUUAUUCUAUUAUGGAAUCAACGUAACUUCUUGAACAAAUGCCAUUUCUCAAGGUUUAUAACCUGGCAGGAAGUGUAUUCAUCACUGCUAGACAGCUUUUUUUAAACUUUUCAAUAUAUAUAUUUUUGUUAGAAACUGUGCUGUUUUUUAAGAUACAGGGGUGUUAAACACCAUCACCAGGAAAAGCUGCUUCUUUGCACAUUUUCCAAGUUAGCAUUCUAGACCAACUGUGGUAAAUGUUACCCUUACCAAAAUCUCUUCUUAUUCCACGUAGGUGUGUUAUAAAGAAUGUGUAUACCAAAAUAUGUAUUUACAUGGAUGAACAAUAUGCCUUAAAGACUCAGUGUGCAUUUACUUCCAAGACUGGACCAGGUUUGUGCCCAGCCUGGAGGUAAAUAAUCCAUACUCCAUAGCCUGCCAUGGGAGAUUUCAUUUCUUCAGAAAAUAAUAACUAAGAAAAAAAAAAAAAAAGGAAAAUUCAGUUUCUUUUCCAAGAACCUUAACGAAUUUCUAAAUUCUGGCAUGAUCUGACAUAUGUGAGGAAGUUUAGGAGAGGGGUGAAGCUUUAGCUCUAGCCCUAGCAGUGAGCAGCCUGUUUGCAGUGUUGUGCCAGCAUCAGGCACUGCCAUAGAGACCUCAUUCCUGUGCCAAGGCCAGAGGCAGCCCUGUCCCUGUCCUCAUCCCUGUCCUCAUCCCCGUCCCCAGCCCCAUCAUGGCCAAGCCAUCAAGUCAGCACUGCCUGUCCUCCUCCUUGCCCCCGCUGGGGACCAGCACACCCAUAACCCCACCUGUGCCACAGCACAAAACAUUCUUUAACACCAUAAACUGAUUAACAAAAAAAAUCAUAAGUGAGAAAUAUAAAUUCUUCAUUUAGCCUUAACAGUGAGUAGAUAAAUAGUUGGAAGGAGGAGUUUACUCUGCCUGCAUGUUGAUGCAGUGGACACACAAUCUGGAUUGGCUUCAAUUUUUGGUUGUGCCUGGUGUUCCUCACUGAGCAUGGAGGGAAGGCAGGGAGCUCACUGCGGUCAGGGACACCCAUAGCACAGCUGGACACAGCCCAGGCUGCGGCAGGAGGGGUUCGGGACAGCCGGGGUGGAUUCUCAGGGACUGCUGCUCUGAAAUUGUCCCUCAGCAAAGGCAGGGAGGCCUCACCUUCAGCACUGAGCCAACACCUGUUUGCUCCUACAGCCUUCUGCCAACUUCAGACCUAAUUCUUGAAGGGCUCAGAGGUUCCUUUAUGUUAGAAAAUCCUUGUGUUAAGAAUUGCAGACCCAUAUUUUCACAUCCUAUAACCUUAGUUUCCAGCCCUCUAUCUUUUAAAGAACAUGGAGCUUUCGUGACAGCUGGUGGGAUUGAGUCUGUACUGUAGGACAAGCUGCAGGGCUGAUCUGUGAGGCUCUGGGUGCUGACCUGCCUCCUGCUGUGCUCACGGGACCAUUGGGCUGCCAUGCCAUCAAGUCAUCAGGCCAUGGAGCCAUUGGGUAAUCAGACAUCAUGGCAUCGGACCUCCACCCAUGGGGCCAUGAAAGGCCAUUGGGUGAUGAGCCAUCAUGGUGCUGGGUCAGCAGGUCACCAUGCCAUCAGGGUGUAAGGCUAGCGGGUCAGCAGAGCAGCUGCCAAGGGAUGUGCCGACUGCUGGCCCUGUGCCGGUGUCCUGGUGGCUGUGGGCUGUCAGUGAUUCCACAGGGCUCCCUCUAAGCUAUGCCACCUCCUGUCCCUAGGACAGGAGAGGAGCAGCAGGAACCUUCCCUGUGCUGCUGCUCAGGCAGACCGAGGCACUCAGCAAUCCAGUGGGAGCACCUCUGAACCAAUCUGCAAGUAGUAAUGCAAAGUAACACAGCUGAAAGUCAUUUUACUUGUGGUCACUUUGAUUUCCUGGUAGCUCCUCAUGUAGCCUCUGUGGCUGCUGUGCCAGCAGGUACACCUGAGCCCCAUUAGAGGAACAAAUUCCAUGUGUGCAGGAAGCCAGCAUUUGGUGAGGAGCAGCCAGGGUUGUGCUGCUGCUGCAGACACAGGAAUUUCCCCUCUUAUCUUCCAAAUAUAAAAGCAUUUAUUAUUCCUCCAAACCUUUAUGCUGCCAGAGAGAAAAUGCCCAUAAUGAUGACAUAUAUCAUAUUUGGUAUCUAGAGGGUGAAACUUCUCCUCUCCUAACACACAUCCAUCCUUCUCUUUAUUAUUUUUCAGCCAAAACCAAAACACAAUUCGCACAUUCCAUGAUGCAGUUUAUGUGCAAUAACACCAGCUUUUCCACUUAUCAAAACCAUUAUAGUCAUAAGCACAUAACUCCCAUUAACCUCAGUGACAGCGACUUAAAUGUGAACCACAAGUGAGAGUAAACCUUAAAGAUGUCAUUUAACAGCAGCAGCCUUGUUUUCUGGUAUGUGUCUAAUGGUGAGAUGGAGGCUCAUUUCUUCCCCCCUGUACCUUCCUGGUUUUUCCUCCUGAUGCAAAGUGCCCUUUCCCCACCUGCAGUGCGGUCGGGUUGGAGGUGCGGUGGUUGGGAUGUGCUUUGUGCUCACAAAGCAUCACCUCAGGCAGCAGCACCCAGCAGUGCCUGGGCAGCCCACGCCGUGCUAACGAGGCAGCUCCAUGCUGCAAUUCCAGCUUUGUAGCAGCUCUGGGAGGUAGCACAGUUCAUUAGGCUACAACAGCUUAAAGAUGUUAAAAGGACUGGUUUUCCUCUCUCAUUUAAGCACGUUGGGUUGCUCUUCCACGGAACUUUGAAUUCACUGUUUUCUUCAUUAACUUUGACCUUUUUACAUCUAUUAUGAUAAGAAAAAAAUAGAGUUAGCUUUAGAGCAAGCUACUGCAAACUCACUUCCCCCAGGCUUCUACGAAGCCUGGUGCAGGAAAGCCACCAUUUCCUAUACUGAUAGGAUUUAAGAUUAGCGAUACCAAGCUGCUCUGAGUUGUUCCUCACUUACUCUCAGCUGGGCACAGGCCCCUUUCACCCAGUGCCUAUGGGCAGCAGAACACAGAGGGGCACACCAGGCUGCCGGGGCAGCUGCCAUUUGCUGUGGGAUAUUUGUGUAAAUCUGAAACAGCUGAGGACACAGCCAUGGGCUUUAGCCAUAGGUGAGCAACAAGCCCAGUUAAGGAGAGCGAUGGUCCCAGUCCCACUACUCCAGAUUUCCCCAGAUAAUCUUUACCAACCAAGCAUGGCUUAGGUCUAUGGGCUGCAAACUUCAAUGCUGUGACAGUAACUGGGAGCGUUUCCCCUUUUCCCCUUCUCUUUCCAGCCCAGUCCAGCCCCGCUGUGCUGCUGGGAUGCCCAGCUCUUCCCAGCUGCUGUCCUCUCCUUUUUGGUGCAAACCAACAAGCAAUGUGCUGCUCUGCUGCCUGUGCGUCCCAUCUUGUUGGGGUUUGUUUCCCAUGUUCCUUGUUACCUGAGUGCUGGGGGGUGCAGCUUCACCUCUCUGCCUGUGAAAUACCCAAUGGAAGCGCACCCGAGCUUCAGCACAACGUCCCUUUUGCCAUGGGAGUCCGGAUUGGUGUCUCAGCCUUUGUCUCAGUGCCUUACACACCUCCUGCAGGGCAGCGCGGUGCUGCGUCCCACUGCUCCCAGGAGAGCGCCGCAUUCAUCCUUGGCCAUUUAAAUGUGUUCAUUUUUCUGACAGACUGUGAUCUUGAGAUUGUAGUUCCUCGCUUCUUCAUCACGUGGAAGGUUGUGAGAAGUAAUUAUUUUAGCAUAUGGCGAGAUGUGCAAUUAUUACCGCUAGGCUCUUCAUCGAAGGCAAUCUGCUUUAGCACGGCUCUCCCGUGAGCGCUGGCAGCUCAGGGCUCGGCCAAUUCCAGCACAGAAAGCAGCAGCCGCCCCCCAGACAAGUCCUUAAUUUCUAAUUCCUCCCGAGAGCCGUGACACUGCUGUUAAUGGCAAAUAAUAACGGCCACGGGACGGAGCCUUAAAGUGAAUCACAAUAGCUAGAUGUCACGGGCUAUUAAUUGAAUAAUUGCUUUAAGUCAUUGUAUUCAUGAUUUUGGUUAUGAAGGCAUUUUAUCUAUAGUUAAUGCUCACGCUCUUAGCAAACCUGUGACUUGUGAAAAGCACCUUAAUGUUCCAAUAAAUCAUGGUGCCCAUGGCAGGAUUCCCUCGCGCCUUACAGGCAGCAAGGUGGGUCCCUGCAGUGUGACAGGGAGGGCAAGAGGCACAAGUCAGGCAGUAGGGAACGGAAUGGCCACCAUGGGCUGUGUUUGCUGAAGGCAGGGAUAGCAUGCUCAGAGAAAAGCCAGGCUGUGUGCAGCUCCCGCAGCAGCCCUGCCCUUUCUGCUGCCCAGGAGGCAGGUCUGAGCUCACAGGUGGCAUUCGUGCCCCUGUCCACCUCCACAGUGGGUCUGUGUGCUAUUGGGAGGGCCGGUGCUCCCCAUGCAUAGCUCCCAGCUUUAAGGCAGGAGCAGAUAUGCAAAUGUGCUCAGCAGAGCACUCCCGCAGAUGUUCUUAUUUAAAACAACCUGAACCCACCUAAAGUAAUAACCCAAAAACUGCCUCGCCGCUCCCAUACGUUCUGAGUCACUGCUGCAGAACACCACAGGAAUAUUAUUUUUAUAAGAGCAAACCAUUUGCUAAAUAAGCCACCUGUUAAAUAAACACUCCCUCUCUCCAAAUAUUGCUGUUUUGUUUUCCAGACUAUGCACAAUCUGGAUUUAUUUUAGAUGAGAAAAGAUAAUCGCUAAAGAAAAAAACCUGUAUUUUGACUAUUUGAAACCAUCCAUCUUGAGCACACAUCUGCUCCUCCACACGCUGGCAGAGCGCUUACAUUAACGAGAAUCAUCGUUCCAUAUUCAGCCGGGAGCUAAUGAACUUCUAUCAUCAGACCACGGCACUCAUCAUUUAUUUUAACCUCUCCAAGCCUUCCAUUGUUUCCUAUCUGCCCGGCUUGGCUUGCCAAGACAGGUGUCCUCUCACAGGGACAGAGGGCAGCUCCAGUCUCACUGUGCCAUCACCUUUUCCAUGCUUCUAAAGCCACAAUGAGCAUUGCCUCACCUCUGGCAGUGUGGCUAUUGCUGCUGAGUUCUCCACCCCAUGGCCACAUGCACUCAGCAUCAGCUGCAGGGAAUUCAUGUGGGAGGGAUUCACUGUUUUCUGGGAUUUGGGUCCAUCAGGGUCCCAAAAGCCACAGAACAGCUCCCCAGGCACUACGACGUUCUUCCCCUGUUCCAGAGGUGGGAGGGCAAUGCUUGCAGACUGGCUGCAAGGAGCUCCAUGCAUCUCAUGUGCAUGCAGACAUCAGUGGGGAUUUCAGAUGGCUUUGGCAGAUUGUGCAUCCUCGGGUCUGCAAUUAAUAGCUUGUUGCAAGUAAUUAUGCAGCACAGACGGAGGCUUGCAGGUCAGGUGUGAGCCGUGCCAGCACAGCGUCCCCCUGCACUGCUGAGAGCACUGCUGAGUGCUCUGCUGCACUUUGCUUUCCUGCAAACCAGUGGGCACGGCCUCCCGGCUGCUGGCAGCACAAACAGGCAGGGAUCGCCUGAGGGCAUAAGUGUGGCCAGAAGGAUGCAUUGCCAGUGUGAGUUCGUAACCAACUGCAGGCACAGAGCGGGACAAAACUGCUUCUAAAUCAGCCCCGUAUGCCCUGUUCUUUUCCCUUUGUAAUAAUGAACCCGCUGCCAUUUUGCAUGGCCACAUGUGUUUCCCUGCUCUUUGGCCCUCAGCACCUUGGCUCGGGCACCUUUAGCUGGUGCUUUUCCCACACAUCUGAAUAACACAGCAGCAAAACCAUCAGCAUGCAGACCUCACCUUCCCAGCCAGCAGCCUUCUCCUCAGGGCUCAGAGCUCAGCAGCCAUGGGCUCACCAAUGUCUGUCAAACAUGACAUCACUGAGUCACUCUGUGACUUUCUCCCAAGCACUUUCAUGCAUCUUUCCUCUGCUGCAAAACCUUAGGAGAUUUCACAAAGCCUGUACUACUCGUUUCCUUUUAAGUGCAGCCCACAAAUUAAUGGUGCCUGUUAAUUAGGCAGCUAAACCUGAAGGAAAAAAAACCCUAAGGAGAAAAAGAAGUAAUGCUUCUCAUUUGAAGAUACUGUGCUGCAAAACACAUUAAAGACAUGAGCCAGCUUUUAAUAACUAAGAGACGCUUUAAUUAGAGUUGACAUAUGAACCGAGUACGUGUGCCAGGCCCAGUGCGGGCUCACAUACGUGUGUAGCCUACAUAGGGGUGUGUGUGGGUUACAUGCACGUGGGUGAGCGGUGCAGGGGACCCCAAAGAGGAUGCUGGCUUUUGAACCUCUGUGCUCUUUGAUGAUUAACAGAGGGAAUCAUACAAUCACAGAAUCAUAGAAUGACCUGGGUUGAAAAGGACCACAAUGAUCAUUGAGUUUCAACCCCCUGCUAUGUGCAGGGUCACCAACCACCAGACCAGGCUGCCCAGAAGGGAAGAACAAUAUUUUGCAUACCUGAGUCUCCAUUACUCUAAGAGCACUGGUGCAAAAAGAAGUUAAUUUGGAACUAUUGCAGCCAUCAUUAGGAAAAAAGUUGCAUCCAUGCAGGACAGACCCUUCCCUUCCCUCCUCAUCUCAUCCUGGUCCAUGUAGAAAUCCAGGAUUUGUGGCUCUCAAAGAAUAGACUUUAAAUUUCUAUACUCACGUCAGGGCAGCAUUAAAUAUUAAAGCGAGAUAUUAAAAUUUCAGAGAGCCUAAAUUAAACCUGAGGUAUUCAAAAAUAAGUGUUCCUGCAUAUUUAAUACUAGAGAUCUCGUAAUUAACUUUAGAAAUCUCUCAUGUUAAGAAAAUGAGGAGCUGCCUAAAAACCAGUGACCACAGCUGUGACCUUCUGGGCACACGCUGGGUCUGCUAUGGAGCAGGCACGGAUUUGUUAGCAGGCUGGAAGCAAAGUAAGCCAGGGAGGACGGGGUCUGUAUGUCCCUGGAAGGUCUUCACUGCCCAUAGAGUGACCAGCAGGGUAAGCCCAGUGCUCGGCAGGCUGCUUGCCCAGCUGAGUGGGUACCCCAGCACAGGGCAUUGAGGUGUUUUUUCUGCCUUCACCUGAGUUCCCAGGGCUGUGAAAUAGCUCUAUUUAUCUCAUGGUUCCUUGAGAUAUAAAGCCUUAUAUAAGCACCUGAAUUUAUUAUUCUAAUGCUUUCGUCCCUUGUGUGCUGCUAUAAGUGGGAAGUUGCAUUAAAUCAAUAGUAUGCCACAUUUUUAGGUCUCUCCAAGGAUUUGAGUGUAGCAAAUAAGGCCACAAGUCCUGCAGGUACCAGCAGCAGCAGCCAGCUCCUACACCGUGUGCUGAGCCCUAAGGGCUGAGUGGUUGUGCCUCUGCUUAAAACUGCAUAAUAGUAUUCAAUUAGCAGAGGCUGUGCCCCGGCUCAUGAGCACUGGGCUCUGCUCAUCCUGCUUCCACAGAUGCAGGUGAUUUUAUCAUCAUAGCCUUUUGUGUCUGUGGAAAUCAAGUCGAGAUCGCCAAAUGCCCUCCCACAGAAGAACAUAGCUCUGUGACAAUGGGCAGGCUCAAGGUUAUGGACACUGAUUUAACAUUGGCAAGUUGUCCAGUCAAAGUAAAUACGCUUUUCAUGUGCCUAUACAAAAGCUGCUCCACUAAUAUGACAGAAGAAGUCACCACCUUUGUCAAUGGCAACACCAAAUGACUGCCCCGUGUCACACAGCAGCUGGCACACAUCUCUGUGGGCAGGGUGGGCAGUGAGGCAGCAUCCCAACAGCACCCCAACAGCACGCCCUGGUGCAGGGCUCCCAGCAGCGCCCUGGGGACCCAGGCACAGCCCACAGUGCGACCCAUCUGCGGGCUGUGAUUUGUUAGGAUGGCUGCUAACUUGCAGUACUCGAUUUCGGAGGGUCACUCGGUACAACAGCAAACCACUCGUUCCCAGCAAAAUGUCAGAUUAUGGAUGGAGGGGAAGAGAAGAGGCUUGGAGAGAUAAAACCAUAUACUGACAAAACAAUAAAGGAAAAAUCAAUCUUUAUGACAGAUGAGAGAAGAGAUUUACAGUGUAAUCAGAAAGCACAAAGAGAUUCAUGGCUUGCCAGAAUGGUAUCCAGGCAGCAUUACUCUAUAGAUGGCAACACAAUCGCACUGCCAGAUCUGUUUGUGUUUCUGAACAAAUCUCUCUGUGCGUUCUGUUGGAGUGGGCACCAUAAGCACAGAUCUCAGCGCUCCAUCUGCACGGCGUGCCUCUCCAUGCACAGCUCCACAAUCCUUGGGCUGUUCUGAUGCGAUCAGCUGCAUGGAGCAUGCAUUGCAGCAACGGCAGGAGAUAAGAGCUGCCCGGAGGGAGAGUUCCACACGGAGGGAGAGUGCCACACGGCUUCUCUUAGCACAGCCAGAGCAGUAAUUAGUGUGGAAACCAAGGCAGCCCUCCUCCGCUAAUGAGCUUCUGGCUAUCAAGCCAUUGUCUUAAUUUCUAGGCAGUCAGAUAAGAUAUCUUUUAGAUAGGAUCAGAAUGGCCGCUCAGCUAGAAUCCAAAGAAAUCCUGAUCUAUGAGUUUAAUACUAUGUAAAGCUUAACAUAUACUUCAGCCUGAACUGGUUCAGAUUGCCUGGCAUUUUUUAUCUAAAAAGCAAGAAUCACACAGCAAGACCCCGAGGCGAUUUAAUCAUCGGUUGCAGCAAUGGAAAAGCAAAUCCUUUCUUUCUCUCUCUGCAAAACCUCUCCUGCCCUGUGAUGGCCACCCAGGCCUCCAGAGUCCGUCCCCUCCCCUCCAGCGGACCAGGGGUUCUGGGCCGUGGGCUGUGCCCCCAGGAUGGACCUCCUGCCCUGUUGUGCCAACCCCCGCCCCAGGCCAGCAGCAGGCACGGCACUCAGGCUGGGAGCUGUCAGCAGAGCAGCAGAGCCCGCAGCCUUCCGGGCCACGGUCUGUUUGGUGCAACUCACUCCCCUGCUUGGUGUGGCAUUCAGGCCCCAGCCGGGACACCUGCAGCCACUGCACCGUUCCUUACAUCUUGUCUUUGCUCUCAGAAGCUCACGGGCAGCCCAGGGCUCAUGGUAACAACAACGAGAACAAAAUUAGCAGUGAGAUAGGCAGCCAAGCUCAGACCCAGCCAGGAAAACCGUGAUGUUGAGUCUUCUCUUCCCAACAUCUCUCAAAACAUCUCAGAGGAGGGUGUCAAGUGCAGACCCACAGGGAAUCUGCAAACCCUGGCAAUGUGCAAUUGCAAAACAAGGCAUGCACAGGGGUUAAACACACAGACCAGUCUGUAGCACGGAUGUAGGUUUGUAGACACUCUCACCCUGUCAAUUAUUUAAAGAACAUACCAUGUAGAGCACCACAGCAGAACAAGUUAGAGCAGAGACCCAGCAGACUGGUGGUGAGUCUUUCUGACCAUUCCCUCCAAUAACAUCACCAGAGAGCCCUGGCUCUAACAGAAUGACACAAGUUAUGUGGAUGUCAACAGAAUCAUUCAUAUAGUACUCUGAAACUGCACAGCACAGCAUGCAGAAUAGAAACAACUAUGAUACCAGUUAUGCUGUUUACAGAUGGUGAGGAUUAAAUUCAUCCUCCAUGAAGCUCUGCACCACAGUAGCAAUAAAUCAGUUGACUGAUAAAGGCAGCAGCACUGAAAAUUAUGCGAUCUGUUGGCCUAUUGCCUCAGUCAGGAAAACGACAGAGAUUGGAAACCACACAUUCUUCCUUGGUCAGUUUUCCCUUUGCCCCAUUGAAGCAUUGGUUAGCUCCUGCUAUCUGUUCUGUUUAGAAAGUCAGGAGCAGAAAUACAAGCAGAGGAAAACCUUGAAGGCAUCAGGUUGAUGCCACACUGCUGCAAGCAACAGAUGACUGACUGCAAUCCUUAAUUUCCCCAAGACAGUUUCAAAACAAUGAGCUUAUCAUUUUCAAGCCCAGCCAUUUGUGUAUGUCCUUUUCUCCUUUGUUCUCAGGUGGUGGGCAACCAGCAUUUUAUUUUGCACAAAGUUCUUUGGCAGCAUUCGUCCAUAAUCAUCAACAAAAUAAGUUAAUAUAUGUAGGCGACUAUAAUGACAGUAAAUGCAGUGUGGGAGGGAUAAUAUGUGCUUCAUUGUCAAUGCUCACAUGCUGAAUUAAAUACUCUAUUCUGGUUAAAUGCUAAUACACUCCAUGAGCACUUUUCCAUAAACACGUUUUUUAAGUGUGGUAGAAUACAGAAGUGAUAUGAAUUACAUAUUGAUAUAAUCUGAUAUAUGUGAGCUGAAGGAGGGGUGUUUUUCUGCAGCACGUCGCUUGGUACUGGCACUGGCACGAGCUGCAUGAAAAAAGUCUUUGUGAUAAUAUCAAUUCAGCCCUAUGUUGAGUUCACCCAUCAGAACCACAGUAGCAUCAGCCCUCAUCUAUAAAGGAUGCAUUCUUUUCGCAAUGGGUUUGGCCACAGCUGGCCAAAUGACGGGGAUCACUUCAGCUUUAAGCGCCGGUAACUAUCAAUGAUUCCUCUUUUCUGAUAUACUUAAGAUUUUCUCUCUUGUGGUUUGCAUCGCAGCCAUGGGGAGGGAAGCCGAGGGCUGUGAUGCUGUACUGAUGCCUUGGGCAUAACCGCCGCUGGCCCUACGCAUCUGGCUGAUACUUCAAUUACUCUGCUAACACAGGGAAGACUUUAAAGAGCAGUAAACAGCAGCACCCUGAAUUAAUGCCUUGCUUCUCUGCUGUCUGUUUUUCACAAAGAUAUUUUCCUUAGCAAUCCAGAGCAAAAGGCUCAGUAUGGUAUCAUAAGGCAACUCAAAAGAAUAAAUAAGUUCCGCAACACAAAGCUCAGUAUUAAAAAGACAGUGUGAGAACAGUAUCUAAAUGGUAUCACCCAUUUUGGAGCUAAAAAUAGGCUCAGAAUAUCAAGGGAACUUUCAACAAGUAACGUAAGCUGAUUUUAAAGGUGAUCCAUUAGAAGCCAUCAGUCAAGUCUCACUUUGUGCUGAAUGGUGAAACUGGAAUAACUAAAAGAACUUUGCUGCUCCCUGACCCCAAAAAUCCCCAACACCAACGUCAGCCCUAACGAUGGGGCAGCAGCCCAGGCCUGGGGGUCCCAGCAGUGAGGAACAGAGGUGGGGAUGUCACUGGGGGACAAAAUGAUAGAUCAGAGCCCUCUGAUAUGUGACAUGGGUGAUAUUUUCACUACUGAGGGAACAGAGCUCUUCUUUCAUCCUCCUCUCCAUGUAGAUCUCUGCUUUCUAGGCAGAGAUCCAUUGGUAAUCAAUAGCUCCAAGCGUUGUCAAUGAGAUACUCCAUGCAGUAUAAAGUAUAGAGGUCAAAGUGUUAUAUGUUUUUUUAAAAAAAUCAUCAUACAUAGAAUCACAUCACAGAAUGGCCUGGGUUGAAAAGGGCCAUCCUUGGCCCUUCCCAAGGGCCAUUCCCCCUUGUCCUAUCAAUGUCACAAUCAAAAUCACAACCAAAAUCACACAGCCUCCAAUCAAAAUCACAUGACCACUUCCAACCUGCCGGUGGAUUUCCAUAGAUCCCAUGACUAAUGCCCAAUUAAUUCUGACUGUCUCGAGGGUGCUUACUUUUAAUUAUAAACUCCUGCUUUACUUACAGAGUACGUCACCUAUAAUUGCAUAUCUUUCCAAUAUCUCUUGGUCAGAAAAACAAACUAAGCACCAAUCUGAAAGACCUAAAGCUGAAUGCUUCGCGAGCAGAAUUUGGGAAUACAAAGCAAUGGCAGCUCAGAGGUGCGGAAUGCUUUGGAAUGUGGGGACGGGGAGCUGAGGUGCAGUGCUGCCCACAGCCCCGGCUGCCAUGGGAGCCAGCGAGCACUGCCAGCCACAGACAGCCGUGCGUUGUCUCAUUUGUUUCAGAAUUAGCUCUCUUUUCAAUCGAAUGUCAGGACUUAUUGUUUGAACUCCGAUGGGCUGGUUUGCCAAUUAUCAUCAGUGUCUUUUGUGAAGCAGCUUGCCCAGGCUUUUAAAACACAAUUACCAGCCUGGUGCAGCAGAUAGGAUGCCUGUGACAUUUUCGCAUGCUGAAAAUAAAUACGUAAAAUAUAACAAAACAAGACUUUUAUUAGUAACAUACUUCUAGGAAGGAAUGUAAAGUAGCCAUUAGGAAUCCUGCUAAGACCAUUGGUCAUUAUGACAAGAAGGAAAGCAGCUUUCUUAGGGUUUUGAUUUCUUUUUUCUACUUAAUGGGUACUCCCUUUCCACCAUCACCAGCAGACAAUCUUGUCUAUUAACAUUUACUUGGCACUUAUCACUUUUAUAUUUCUUCAUAACCUCAGCAAUUCAAAUAACAUUGCAGCUCUGCUCUGAACCUUUACUUUGGUACAUAUGGAUAAUGAUGUAGCAUCAAAGAUGCCCCCCACCCCCACUGCCAUCACAGAAGCUGCCAGGUGGGGUCAUUUGGCUGAGUCAAUCGUGCACCGUAAACUACAUUUAUACCUCAUCCAAAAGGGUUCAGCAAAAUAGUUGUUGCUGUUUUAGUUCUAUGAAAUCCAUCGUUCCGAGGAGCUCACGUGGAUGGGAUGUGUGCUGUGUCUGCACGAGGCAGCUCCUUCCAGCAGCAGCACUGCUCCGUUCUGUGAGGGCAGAGCCAGGCAGAGGGCUCAGAUGUGUCCCCUUCAUACCCCUACGCUGUAUUUAAUUGACACUCUGUGCGCAGUGCAAAAUCAAUUACAGUGCAGCACCAGAUUUAAAUGCGAUGUCAGUGCAACUGCACAGUUUGGAUUGCCCUCUGUGAAGCAGGGUCAGGCUCUGUUAGACAGGAGCCAAGCAAGAACCAGCCCUGACUUUUCCAAUUAAAACUGGAAUAGCAAAUUAUUAAAAGGAGUCUGCACUAUUUCUAACGGUGAGAAACAGAUGGUAGAUAGGAUGAGUUCCAUAACAACAGCCCAGAGCUGAUCUCUAGGACAAGAGGAGUGAAAUAUGAACACCCAUGGAUGCAACACAGCUAUCAUCAUCCACUUUUUUCUUCUUUCCUGCAGAGCAGAUCUAGCACAGCACAACAUUUGGUGUUACGCCCUGGGCCCACAGUGUUGCACAUCUGUUAAACUUGUCUGCAUAAAGGGUUAGGGUGUGAAAAUCAGAUUUAAAGCAGAAUCCUUCUGUUAGCAUUUUAAAAGCUUUACAGAGAUAACCCAAUCUUAGCCAUGGUACAUCAGCUCUUGGUUACAUGGCUCUGGAAUAAAAACCAUAGUACCAUAGAACUGUUUGAGUUGGAAGAGAUCCUCACAGGCCACCUGGUCCCACCCCCUGCAGUGAACAGGAACACCCACAGCCCCACCAGGUGCUCAGAGCCCCAUCCCUGACCUCGGGUGUCUGCAGGGAUGGGACACCACCGCCUUUCUGGGCACUGUUCAAAAGCUCCGAGUAAACUGAUGAUCCUACCUAUUGGUCGUGCCUCUCAUUCAAAUAAUUAAUGCAGUCAGUAUGGAAACUGACUCAGGUUACAAAGCCAAAUCCUGUUUCAAGCCAUGUGCAGCAGCUUCAUCAUUUAAAUACAUUCUUGCGCAGCAUAUCUAUGACAAAUUAUUUGCUUCCCAUGGCAAGUCUCAGUUUUUAGGCUAAUGAGCAGAUAUCUCACACUCCCUGAUUUGGACCUUCCAUCUCCCCAGCCCCACGUGUACAGCCUUUGUUCUGGCAGGUUUGAUGUGUUUGCCCUUUACACCACUGGCGUUUGCUUCACACUCAGAACAGAGAAUUACCAGGCGGGGCUACAAAAUGGAAGCACACAGCAGUACAGGCUGCGUGCACUGAGAUCUGGAAGUGCUGCACAGCGGGAUUCCUCUUGCAUUUGCGAAAUCACUCAGCAGAAUUACAGCUUUUGCUGGCAAAGCUACUUAAAAGCAAAUAAGGUCAAAAAAGCAUUAAGGAGCCUGAAGGGAAAGCCUGGCAUUAUUCAUCCGUUCAGAACAUAAAGCUUCUGCGUCAACCGCGAGCAGUUACAGUAAACAUUUGUACAACACUUCACCUCCAUAGAUGGGGUGAGCAGAGGGAUUAUUUCUGGUUGGUAAUGUGAUGGUUUCCCUGCGAACCACAAACGAUGGGAGCAGGUGGGACGCUGUGCCUCCCCGUGGCACAGCCCUGCUGCAGCCACAUGCCACGUCCUGGUUAUGGAACCUUCAUGGUUUAUGUGAAGUGAACCAUUCUGAGAUGAGGACAGCAGAAAGUGGAAUUAGGUCCAGUAUAUCUGCCUGUGAACUUCCCAACAUGGUACACAUCGGGCUUCCCAGCUUGUCUCCACUGUGCAGAAAGUGAGGUAGGACCAUGACGUUAAAUAUAUGUAACCAAACGCAAAUCAGCCUCUGAACUGAGGAGCCUGAAUCUCAUCUGGGGACACAGAAAAAGAGAGGAGCUAAUACAAAGCUACUAGAAAGUGUUUCUCACAGUUGACCUUACUGAAGUACUUCCUAGUUACCCAGAGAGAGGAAGCAUGCACAGCACACUCGUGCUCAGGCACAAGUCAUGAGUUCUAAAAAACACAGAUAGGACUGUAUGGAUAGGAGCAAUCCCAGAAGCACACCUUAGCUGUAAAAGAAGUCACCAUUUUUUUUUACCUAGUGCCCAAAACUCGGUUCAGUUUAGAUUGGGUACAUUUGUACUGGUAGCAUUUAUGAUCAGACCAACAAAAUCAGCCACAACAACACGCUCUUAAUGAAUUUCAGAACAGCAAACAUUGAGCUAGCAAAUGUCAGCAGGUGAUGCUGCACUUUAUUCCAGAACAAAUACAAUGUCAUAUCGAUAACAGAAAAACCAACUCCAGCCCUUAUUUGGGCAUGGGCAGUUUUCCUGCAAAUAAACUUGCAUAAAUCACAGUGAAUCAAAGAGUAACACUGAGUGCAAUGCGGGAACACUGCUGUACGAAGUGCCACUCACACCGUGUCGGACUCACAUUCACAUUAUGGAUGAUACCCAUCACACCUUUAUCUGUCUUCUGCUGAUGAAAUUUGUGCUGUGAGUCAAUGUACAGCAUCCGUGUCAAAAGAUCAGAUAUUGUAUUUGUUUGUUUUCUAGCUUGCUUAUGGCUGAUAACAGCAUAAGCUGAGCGAAUCCAAGGAAAAAUAAUUCAUCACAGUGCACUGUUCCCUCCUGCACUGCCUCAGAGACGUUCCCAUCACAAGUGUGAGUCCAACUGCAUCAAAUUCCGCUUAAGCAUCAUCCAUCAGCUGCACAGAGAGCACUUUCCUAAGGCUCCUGUAGGGCUGACGGAGCUGAGCACAUUGGCCAGAGCCCAGCCAGGUCAGCAUUCACCCGACACCCACCUCUGCACUGCUGCCCCUGCCAGGCCCUGCGCUGCAGGGACGUCCCUGCCCUGUGCACCGGGGUCACUGCAGCCCCAGCUGCCACCCGUGGAUAAAUCCAUCCCCACAGUGACCCUACAGACAGCCCCAGGGGUUGGGUCACCUCUCCCUGCGCUCAGACCCCUUCUGUUAAGGAUUGCAUCUAACACUAGAAUCGGGUUAUGGAUUGUACACCGUGUUACAAUUAGAAAGCGAUAUGCAUAGAUAUAUAUAUACUAACCUUUUUUAGUUGUUUCUAAAUAAUUCAUCUCCAAUACAGCAGGAUAGGGAGAGGGGUUUUGCUUUUAACAAGCGCUUUACAGCCACUGAAUUGAAUGGAUGCCUUAUUUGUGAGGGUGGGAGGGAUUUGGAGAAGCAGCCCCCGCUGCACAGGCAGCCACAGAGCCCUGCAGGAUGGACAGCCCAGGCAGCAGGGCUGGAAGGCACUGUGGGGCUGUGCUCCUGGGCCGGGCACUGUGCAACGUGAGCCAAGCAGGAGCACUGCAAUGCUGCAGCAAUGGGGAUCUGUCUGCACUGCCAGCUGCACCCCAUAAGGAACGAAAGAGCCUCCGCAGAACAGACGGAAAAGGUUUUUUCCAAAGCCACUCAGUAACUGCCUUGUAACCUCACUUCUGUACGAUGGGUAGGAAUGGAAUCACUUCCAUUAAACAUCAGUUAGGUGAACUUCUCCCAGGAUUAACAUAUAACAAUGUUUUCUUUCUCUGUUGUUUUCAAUGAGUUUCACCUGAGGUCAAGAGUCCCUAACUCUUUCCAAAACUCAGCAACAGCCCAUAGGGACGAGCACACUUAUUUCCUGCAUCUGUUCUCCAAAUUAAAUCAGAAAGUGCUUAUAAAGGAACAUUCCUGGCAGUCCCCAGGGAAGCUCUGAUGGAGACCUGCCGUGACGGCGAUGCUCACUGCUGAGAUCUCCGCGCUGUGGCACGGCUGGAACCUUUCCUCUCUUCUUUUCCAUUUGAUAUUGUACUAAUUGUAAGGGAAAUGUAACACCACCACAGGGAUCAAAUCUGGAACACUGGCGAGACACCGGUUGGGUUCAAUGGAUCAAGAGAUUCAAUUCAGAUGUUACCGUGCCAUGAGAGCAGCGAGCAGCCAUGCCCUCACAUUGCAGCACCAUUUGUGUUUGCUCUGGCACUGGGAACAUGGUGUGAGGGCGUUUUAGUGGCACAUAUGAACAUGAAGGCAGAGCCCAUGUGCUAUUAACACAGUGCUGCUCUUUGGCACUCGUGAUAAUGUACCGUGUGGAACUAUGACCAAAUCCAACCAGCCCAACCUUCAGCACUGCACAGCAUCUUAGGACACACACAGUGUUUUCAGUAGCAGCAGACUACGGGAUGUGGGGGCUGCAGCCUGGUAGGACAUACCUGUGUUUCUCGCUUCUAUGUACUAUUUUGUAUGGGUUAGAGAAGAUGGCCUCUGUUGUGCAUUGUUUGUGAAAUGUUUCUUAUCCCAGAGAGGUGUACGAUGUAAAAUACGUCAGUGAAAAGUGUAUAUUUUAUGUGAGAGGAAAAUACAUUUUAAUAAAGGUAAAGCUUUGUUAGCUGUAAAAAUGGCAACUGUUCAAGUGUACAGUAACUUCUUACUAAUGUACGAAAAUCUGUGAUAUUUUUGAUUUGAUUGUAUUUGUAUUGCCCAAAUAAAACAUUUUGGCUGUAUUGUU